GCUUGAAUAAACGAAGUAAGUUUACAAGAGUUGGCAGCAUAAGUUAGAAAAAGUUGUUUAUCGGCCCGUCGUAUUUUCGUCAACUUGUCUUUCUUUUUCUCCACAAAAUAUUUUUUUAGCAAAGCUGUUAAACUUGCAAUUCCACAACUUAUUGAAGAAAAUGACAUGUACCUUGGAUAACAACACUGCAUCGUAAGUGAAGAUCUUGAACGUUCAACUGCUCAUCGAUGUAGAGUUCUUCAAAUGACCCCCCCCCCCCCCAAAAAAAAGCCACAGAAAACAUUCCCUAGCUGGUUAUGCUGAAGAAAUAUUAGAAAUUGAAUUUUUUGUGAAAAAGUUUUAAUGUCAUAGGUAAUUUGCGUACAAUUUGCUUCCUUUUGGAAAUUUUAUUGUAUGUGUGAAUUUGUAGCUUUGAAUAGAUAUUAAGAAUGAAUAAAAGUAUGCAUCUGCCUAUCAAAGUUAAUAAUGCUAAAUAGACCUACAAAAAAAAAAAAAAAAAAUUUGUUAUCCUUUUCCAACUGUGCAAGUUGUUAGCAUAAACCAUUCAAAAUUGUAAUAAAUUAUCCAGGGCAUGAAAAUCAACAUGUUUUACCAGUAGCAUUAUUGAAAAUCUAAACAAACAAAAUUAUACCAGUUGAUAAAUUGCGAAAAGGCAUUCAAGCAAACUAGCCAUUUAAAGGCACAUGUAAAGACACAUGCUUUCAAAGAUUUUAAAAAAUCACAUGUUUUAGAAGAAAAAUAUUUUUUUAAAGUUUCUAAUCUGGAUGUUUUUUCCACCUGACCAACAAAAAAUUGAUUUUUAAAGUUAUAAACUAUUUCACACGGGUAUUUUGAAAAAAAAAAAGGAAAAUAAAAGUUACUUUGUGUAAUAAUACACUGCAAGCAAAGAUGCAUUUUUCCGACAGAGCUAAAAAGCCGUUGAGUUAGACUGUAAGCAAAAAGUUUCAUUUCAACUCACUGAUAAGACAAGAGAUGUCGCAUAUUUGCGUCUAUUGCGAAAAGGCAUUCAAACGAACAUGCCAUUUGAAGACACAUCUAAGAACCCAUACAGGAGAGAAGCCGUAUUCCUGCGAAUAUUGUCCUAAGGGAUUUAGUCGACUGGACAAUUUAAGGAGUCAUCUUAGAACUCAUACUGGCGAAAAGCCACAUUCUUGCACCUAUUGUCAAAGGAGUUUCAGUGUGAAAAGCAAUUUAAAAAGUCAUAUAAGAACUCAUACCGGAGAAAAACCACCCUCUUACUGGAAAAAAUUGAAUGAUGUUAGUGCUUCAAAGAAAGAUUUAGGAACGCCUACAAAGGAAAACUCCUCUUCCUAUGAAGAAACUUUUAGUGAUGUUAGUGCUUUAGAGGAGCAUUUAGAAACAUUUGAAAGUGAGGAGCCACUCUCCUGUCAAGAAACAUUCAAUGACUUAAUUAUUUUAAAGAAACAUUUAGGAACUCAUGCAAGUGAAAACUCACCUUCCUCCAACUUAAAUGAUGUUAGUGCUUUAGAGGAGCAUUUAGGAGAUCAUACGGAAGAAAAGCCACUCUUAUGUCAGAAAACAGUUAAUAAUGUUAGCGCUUUAAAGGAACGUUUAAGAACUGAUACAGGAGAAAAGCCACCCUCCUGUCAAAAAUUAUUUAAUUAUGUUAGCACUUUAAAGGAACAUUCAGGAACUCCUACAGAAGAAAAAGCAUAUUCCUGCAAUCUUUGUCAAAAGACAUUUAAUCAGCUUCCUAAUUUGAAGAAACAUUUAAGAAUUCAUACAGAAGAAAAACUAUAUUCCUGUGGUUAUUGUCAAAAAGCGUUUAGUCGCCAUUUCAGUUUAAAGAAUCAUUUAAGGACUCAUACAGGGGAAAAGCCAUACUCUUGUAAUUAUUGUCAAAAGACAUUUAGUGAGAUUAGUAAUUUAAAGAAUCAUAUACGAACUCACACAGGAGAGAAACCGUUCUCUUGCGACUAUUGUCGGAAGGGAUUUAGUCGAAUGUUCAACUUAAAGAGUCAUUUAAAAACUCAUACAGGAGAAAAGCCAUUCACUUGUAACUUAUGUCAAAAGACAUUUAGUGAGAUUUGCAAUUUCAAGAGACAUUUAAGAACUCAUACAAAAGAAAAACCAUUCGCCUGUGAUUACUGUCAAAAGAAAUUUAGCGAUGGUUGUACUUUAAAGAAACAUUUAAAAACUCAUACAGGAGAACAACGAUGAAAAUUAGACAGUCACCGUGGUGUGCAAAUCCAGACAUGGCAGAUGGUGCCACAUCCUCCUAUUCCAGUUCCUCUUCAAUUUCACAACCUAUUGAGCAGCAAAUGGAUUUCACAGUAUUGCGAAAACCAGAUACCGUCUGAAGUAUCUGAUAUAUUCAGACAAUGAUAAACCUUUAAUAUACAUACACAUAUUGCUUGUUUGGAAGAAGAGUGCCACAAUACGAAAUUUUUAAUCUUCUCUUUUUAUCGCUUAAAGGCCUUCAAAUGACGUUAUCUUCUUUGGAAAAUAAUAACAGACUUUUUGUUCUUGUAUUAAGCACUGGAGAGAGCAGUAAACUUUUUUUAAUGCCAAUUGCCUGAAGGAUUCAACUUCAAAUGCUUCUCCUAUAAAAUUUCAU